AUGUUACCACGCCUCUCCACAGCAACCCCAACAUGUCUUGAAAGUUUCAUGCAAAUUGAAUCCUCCUGGAGUGUUGCAUUAGAAUUAACAUCAACAGUAACCAUUAAGCCUAAUGCUUUAGCAUUAUUGGCAUCAGAAUUUAUUAAUGCUAAGAUUUCAAUUGUUGAUUAUUAUACUUAUGAACCUACGUCAAUGAAUACUCCGACAGAACGUUUACUUAAACAUGUAUUCACGUAUUCAAAUGGAAAUUUAACAACUUUUAGCACGCCAAAACUAGUUAACAGUCGUGAACAAGUAUUUAUAUAUAAUUUGGAACAUGCUGCUGUAACAUGUCAAUCAAUAAUAACAUCGUUUCUUGGUCAAACUCAUAUGAUACAAGCAAUGCGUGGACGUGAUAAUUAUUGUUUUGCUUUAAUUGAUGCAAAUAUUGGUGAACAAGAAGAUUUACCAAAUGAACAAAAACAAGAUUUAGUAUCGAUGUAUCGUUGUAUUUAUAUGGCUGUUGAUGAAUUAGAACAAGAAUUGAUUGAUGAUACAACAAAACGAUUUUUAACUUAUGAAAAACAAUCGGAUGAAAUGCGUUUAAAUUAUCUGUUUGAUCGUAUUUGGUAUAUGGAUACAUGUAAUAAAAUCAAACAAUUAUCAUCAGAAAAAAUACAAGAAUUUAUUAAUAAUAAAUCAAAAUGGAAUGAUCAAAUAAAACAAAUUUUAUCUCUUAUUAGUCGAGUUGUUAAACAGAAAGAAUUAAAUCCAACUGAUUAUGCUAAUGUUCUCUUCCCAACAAUGAUAGAAUUCGAUCCAACAACAAAAGAACAAGGUCAAAAUGAUUUCUGGAAUCGUGCUGAACAAUUGAUAAAAACAAUCGAUCAAUCAAUAUGGCAACAACCAUCAUCUGAUGUAAUUAAAAUCUUCUACGAUUGGUUAAAUCUUGCCUAUGAACUGGAGAAAUUUUCUAAAACUCAAUAA